GUCUCAAUGGGAUUACCUGUCUAAAUAAAGGCAAAUAAAUAAAAUAUGAUCUCAUUCCAGAGCAAUUAUGUCAAAUUUAACAGAAACUGAAACCUGAAAAUAAGUUUAAAUAUUGAAUAAACUAUAUGUCGCUUACACAUAAAACUACAAAUGACUUUUGUGUGUCUUAAUAGUUGUUUGCAGUCCAAACAAAGUUCACAAACGCACAUUUGAUUUGUGUACUGUUUAUCUGCCAGGGCUAAAUGAGUCUGAUAAGCAAACAGAUCUGGUCCUGCUUUGUCUUGCAAAGCAAUAUUUUCUUUAGCUGGAUUAAUGAAAAUAUGUAAUAUAAUUCGUGAGGGAUGUGCGGCACAGAUUGCAUAAACAGAAGAGGCAAAUAGUAAAAUAUGCCAGGCUAUUCUCAUGUUUCUACGACACAGUUGGUUUGCGCAAGGAGACACUACAGCGGAAGUAGGAAAAUGCAAUUAGCUGUACGCGCUGCAUAAUAUAGUGAUGGGACAACAGGGACCUCCCAGUCAGAAGGCUGCCGAGCGUUGCUGCAACAACAACAGCCAGCAAAGGUCAUUUCUGCCUUAACGAGGACAGAAGACCCUUUUAGAACCAUGUGUUCACUCCAACUCAUUAAUCUUUCCCUUGUUUUCAUUAGAUUAACAAUAACAUGCGACACUUAAAAAGUAUUUCCCUGUGUUUUAAGAAAUCCAAACGCUUCUGCACAUUUUUUGUUCCACAAGAAUAGCACAAGAGGAAUGGCUCCCUCGUAACAAAAAGGAAAUCACGCCCUUCCACAAACACAAAUAUUAAAAAAGGGGAACAACCAGCAAGGGAUCUAUUGUACGUCAGUGCCCCGCUGUGGGUGUGGACUCUGACCAUGUGCUCUUUUCAACACAAGAGGGAUAAUCUCAGAAGCUGACCUUGCAGCAAACAACCUCUGUGUGUGUGUGUUGCUCCUGCUGCCUUUGCCACAAAACGGCACGGACCGCUGGCAAGCUAGGCUCUUCAUCGUCGGAUCAACAAAGAGGGCAAGUGGGAACUUGUUAGAGCUGAACGUCAGCGAGGAGGACGGCAGGAGGGAAAUUAUUUACUGAAAAAGGGACUGCGUGGAUUACUCAUUACACACCACCUCCGACCUGAAAGAGCCGGAAUUUAUGAAACAUGGAGGGACAACGAAGAAGGGGACCUGCGAUCAAGGGGUUUGAGGUAAAAGCGGGGAGAGCGAAAGGAGGGAAAGUGAAAGACGGCAAGAACAAGUGAGUAGGAAACUGUAUGUGGGAGGAGAUUCGAGAGGAAGAAAAAAAAAAAAAAAACCCUUAGAGGAAGACAGUGUGUGAUGUGUGAGCCCUGUUCCUGUGCGUCACAUGUGUAAUUUUGUGUUACUGCUGGUAACCGGGAAAGGAUGGACCUCGUCUCGCGGGGAUAUGAGGAGGAGCCACUUAAUCAGCAAUGACAGCUAGAGAAUAACACACGCAGCUGACUCUAACAGGGACCGGAGCUCAGAGGACUCAGCUCCCCCGGCAGAACCCAACAAAGCGAUCCUUACAACCAAAUAUAGCUCUGGAGCGCCGUACACAUUUCUGCUGCUGUUCUCGUUGAUGGAGCUAGCGGAAAGGACUUCAGCGCGGAUUGUAGUCAGGCAGCUCUCGGUGGCACUGACGCCUAAGAGCGUCAAAGAUUUGCAGGGGCUUAAACUGUGGCGGUGCUGAAACACAACAGCGGAACAAAGCUAUUAUGCGCCUGCUUGAAUGCAGAAAAUGUAGUUUCCUGUUGUGCCUGGGCGUUGUGGUAUGUUCAAUAAUUUAUUGGCUGAUUAGCACCAAACCCGUGGGGAAACCUCUCCAGAAAGGAGAACCUUUCUGUCAGAACAAACAGGACACCAGGCUGACACUACCCAAAAAUGUGGGAAGUUGCAUUCACAGUAGCAGCCUGUCAUGUUCAAACUUGACAACAGAACUACAAUUUAUCAACAUAACUCUGAGUCAUGAAGAAGGGAACUAUCCAUUGGCUUUCAUUGUCACUAUUCACAAAGAGCUAGAGGUUUUUGUUCGCAUGCUUCGAGCCAUUUACAUGCCCCAAAAUGUUUACUGCAUACAUGUGGACGCCAAGGCCCCAAAGGAGUACCAGGAGGCCGUGCAAAAGCUCGUCAGCUGCUUUGACAACGUGUUCCUCACUAGCCGCAGCGAAAAAGUGACAUAUGCUGGGUUUUCGCGCCUGCAAGCCGACUUGAACUGCAUGAAGGAUCUCUUGGCGUCGCCGAUAGCCUGGAGGAAAGUCAUAAAUCUGUGUGGACAGGAUUUCCCGGUCAUGACCAACCUGGAGCUGGUGCGGUAUAUGCAAAGCAAGGAAUGGAGGGACAAAAACAUGACACCCGGCGUCAAACAGCCGGCCACCAUGAGACACAGAACACUGUUCCAGCAUCAGGAGAUUGUGGGGUCACACGUUGCCCCAAGGGUGCCGAGACAUGUAAAAACCCCUCCUCCUCACAAUCUGCAAGUUUAUUUUGGAACGGCAUACUAUGCUCUCACAAGGGAUUUUGUGGACUUUGUCCUGAAGAGCCAAAUAGCCAAAGACUUUCUGGAGUGGUCCAGAGACACGUUCAGUCCGGAUGAGCAUUACUGGGUGACACUCAACCACAUAAAAGAAGCUCCAGGCAGUCACAUUAACGGAGGUUGGGAAGGAGCCAUCCGGGCUAUCAAGUGGAGGGACCAAGAAGGAACGGCACAUGAUGGAUGCAAAGGGCAUUAUCUACGCGACAUCUGUGUCUAUGGGAUGGACGACAUCCCCUGGAUCAUUGAGAAGAACAGCAUGUUCGCCAACAAGUUUGAGAGUAAUACAUUUCCAGAGGCGCUGGACUGUCUGGAGCAGUGGCACCGGACCAAAGUCCUGAACCAGGCAACUGUUUCUAUAGAUCAAUCGUGGCUGCCACGCUCGAAGAAUAACUCAAUUUGUUAACUUCUAGAGCGGCAGUCUUGAAAUCGCUGCUUAUAUCAUUAUGCUGAUAAAUCUGAGCGACGAGGAUGUUGUUGAAAUGAGUUGAACCGAGUUGUGACGGCAGCAUAAUUGCACUAUUUAAUAAAGCUGCAGUAGGGAGAAAACCGUGGACUUAUCCUGAAAAUUUGAACAAGUGCACCUUACAGGUCCUUGCCUUGCUCUCUGCUGCGCCGCAGCCCUCCCUCCACAACGGAGCCUGCCACACUGCUCUGAUGUUUACCCUCGUUUUAUUUCAGGCUCGGUCUAAUCCUUUGUUUUUAGCUUGCUCUUAGCAUCUGUCUUCUUCUCUUUAGCUGUCUUUGUUUUCUGAGUAGGUGGAAUUGACCAUUUUCCUCUACCGUUGGGUUGUUUCUGCAUUGGAAGGGUGUGAGCGGCGCAUGCACGAGCGUGACUGAUCCUGCUAAGACAUUCCUCCAGGCUCUGAUUGGCUGUUUCUGACUGGCAGCGGUGAAUUUCACAGGCAGGAGCCUGAUUUUUUUAUUUUUAUUUUUUCCACAGAUCAUCUGCCUCAUAUUCUACUGCCACAAUGACAGUUUCAACAAAUGUGUAAAAAAUACAUAUUUAAGAAAGUUACCUACUGAAGCUUGUAUAAAACUAUUGUUUUGUUGUGAUCGUUUACUACCAAUGCUGUUUAGAUAUUUUUGUUGCACAAAGUGUUGAAAAAAAUUAAUAGUCGAUUAUUUAUUUAAAACAAAAUGUGUAGUUUAAUUUCAUGCAUGGCAUAAAAAGGGACAUUUUGAUACAUUUAUUUAUUGUUUUCAAAUUCACUAUUCUAUAAGAUGCAAAAGAAUAAAGAAAUUUUGCAAAAACUUUCCACUUCUAAAAUAGUAUCCUGGGUUAUUUGAUUUUAAACAUUAAAAGAACGAUAAGUGAUAAUGACACCUAGUGGUUAAAACUGAAACAACACAUACACAUAGCCUUACACAGAGAUCAACCAUUUACUUAAAGGUCCGUUGUUGUGAAACUCCACUGAAUUUUUACGUCCACAGGAUAGGUACUCUUACUGGAUUCCAUGUUAGCAGGCUGCUGCUCUUUUGCCAAGAUAAAAUACCAAAUGCGCUCGGUUUUGGGAACUCUUAUAUGAUUGUCUCAGGAACCAGGAAGUAAACACAGGCUACACACUGAACCGAAGAAGUUCCGGACCGUGCCUGUAGGUUUGAAAGGCGAAAAAUGUGACUCAGACAUUGUUGAUGGAGAAGACCGAUUGUUUAUAGGGAAUGUCACUUCCAUCCCAAGUGACAAAUAAGAAUGAUUUAGGUUGAUUUUACAGUAAUUAUCCUACUUAUAGGUCCUUUAAGGUUACAUUUGUUUUCUUGUGGUAUACAGUAUGAAGUGUGCCAUCAUUAACAAUUGCAAAACAAACAGCUAUGAAGGUCUUACCACUAAUACAUUAAACAAAAAGGUCAAACACACAGUCGUAG